ACCAUUUGUGCAGCUCCAAACCUCUAGCAGGAGUCACUCAAUAAGACAUUAAAUUCAUUUUUACAGACAUUAAAUUCAUUUUUUCUUUUCACGUCCACUAAACUCACUGUUUCUGGACAAUGUUGAGACAGAAGAUAUCUUUGGCUGUCUUCAUCUUUUGCUUCAUUCUUAGGGGCACUCUAGGCCAGUGCCAGUCCAAUCCCACCUGCUCAGAGUGUGUGCAGCAUGCCGGCUGUGCUUGGUGUAAGCAGAGGGGUUUUCUGAGUGCAGGAGAGCCAGAAUAUAAGCGCUGUGACACCGCAGAGGGUCUGAGGAAGAGGAACUGCUCAGCGAUCACUGACCCCAAGCCUAACGUCCAGAAGAUCCUUGACACAGAGCUGGGCAGCAGUUUGGAGAACAUGGUCCAGCUUCGACCACAGAAGCUCCAUCUCACGCUCAGAGUUGGAGUUCCCCAAACAUUUGAGGUGGUGUUCAAAAGAGCUGAGGGCUACCCUAUUGACCUGUACUACCUUAUGGAUCUUUCAUUUUCCAUGAGAGAUGAUUUAAAGAAUGUGAAAUCACUGGGCCGGAAUGUCGUCUCUACUUUGAAGAACUUCACCCAUGCUGUGAGGAUUGGUUUUGGAGCUUUUGUGGACAAGCGUGAAAGUCCCUACGUUAACACAAAUCCAAAAAAAUUGGCCAAUCCUUGCCCCCAGCACCAGUGUCAGCCAUCGUUCAGCUUCCAGCACAUUCUAAAGCUCACUGACAACAUGGAGGAAUUUGAGACAGAGGUCAGCAAGCAAAAUAUCUCCACAAACGAGGACCUGCCUGAAUCUGGCUUUGACGGAGUAAUGCAGGUUGCUGUAUGUGAGAAAGAGAUUGGGUGGGGCAACGUGACCCGUAUCUUGGUAUACCUCUCUGAUGAUCUUUUCCAUGUGGCUGGAGAUGGCAGGCUUGCUGGUAUUGUCAGACCAAAUGAUGGAAAAUGCCACUUAAAUAGUAUGGGAUUCUAUGAAAAGGCCACACUCUAUGACUACCCUUCAAUUGCACAUCUUUCUGAGGUCCUUGCUAAGAACCAUAUAAAAAUAAUAUUUGCAAUUACUGAGGAAGUUAUGGAGAGCUAUAAGGCAGUCAGUGAAUUAAUUCCCCAAUCUGUGGUGGGAAUUUUGGAGCAUGAUUCCAGCAAUGUUUUGCAGCUCAUCUCUGAUGCCUACAAUGAUUUGGUUUCUAAGCUGAUACUGGAGCAUCACAAAGCUCCAGCAGGACUGGACAUCUCCUACAGCUCACACUGCAGCGAUAGCACCAAAAGUCAUGGCCAGAGACGAGGAGAGUGCAGGAACGUAGGCUUCGCUCAGCAGAUUAAUUUCACAGUCACAGUGAGCAGUUCAGUAUGUUUCUCCGACAUCCAGUCUUUCACCAUCAAACCCCAAGGCCUUAAAGAAGAGCUUUCUGUGACGGUGGAGACAAUCUGUGAUUGCAAUUGCAGUGACACAGAGAAGCAGUCAGCAAACUGUAAUGGCACUGGAACAUACACAUGUGGCAUCUGCAGCUGUGAAGAAGGCUACACUGGUCAGAUGUGCGAGUGUGAGAAGCAGCAGAAUGCAGACUCCAUAUUGUCCAUGGACGCUUCAUGCACACCCAAUAACAGCACACAAAUUUGCAGCGGUCAUGGGAGCUGCCUAUGUGGUCGUUGCAUUUGUCGCAGUCACUACCGAGGCAAACACUGCCAGUGUGAUGACACCAGCUGCAAUUACCACAGAAACCUCAUCUGUGGAGGAAAUGGACGAUGUAACUGUGGCACUUGUGAAUGUCACCCAAACUAUGAAGGACCUGCCUGUGAAUGUCCUACCAUUGCAGAUGAGUGCCAAACAGGAAACGGCAGUAUAUGUAGUGACCAUGGGCACUGCGAAUGUAAUCAAUGUAUAUGCAAUCCAGAUUUCAAAGGCAAGCACUGCAAAGAGGCCCUGUAUCCCUGCCUUGAAUAUGGGGCUUGUGUUCAGUGUAGGUUGUCAAACGCAUCAGGAAAAGAACCCUGUGAACCAGGCUGUUCCUCUACUGAGCUCAUUUAUUCACCUGAAACACAAACCUUUUCCUGUCAUAAUGAAAUGUUUUUUUUUAAUGUGGAGUCAAACAAUGAGACCGUCCGAAUAUUCUACAGUGAAAAGCAAGACCUCUAUCAGAUGUCCAUGUUUGGGUUCUUGGUGAUCUUCUGCAGUGGAGUUGGAGGAGUUGUAAUUUUGGGGUCCACUAUGAUCUUAACAUACCUUGCACUUUUAAACAUCUACUACCAAAUUGUGCCUUAACCCUUUGAAAUACAUACUAAGGCUUAUUAUUCAGUAGCUACAGAGACUUCAACGCAAACUGGCUGAUCUAUUCUUAGGUUAUAGAAGUGUGUAAUAAACUUUGGGCCCAUUGGUAGGUCAUUAAAGGGGUUAAUAAAACAGUUUGGCAGAAAAUUUACCUUCAAAUCAAAUUUUUCACUUACAGUUUAGUUUGGCACUGGAGCUACAGUAUAUAGACACCCAAAACUUUUCCUUAAAUACAUCCACAAAACUUGUCUCAACCCACUCUUCUUUAAGAUCAAGUGAGUGGGUUGGUAAAGUUUUGAGGAUGAAUUUAUAGAAAAGAUUAAGGUAUCUUCAAGUGUUUGUCAGAUAUGUUAGCCUUGUGGUUCCAGUGCUAAACUAAAGAAACAAAAUUCAGACACCACACAUAUCUUGGCUGAUGGACUACAUCUGAAAUAUGUAGAUAAUUGUGUAAAUUAGAUUUUUCAGCAAACCAUUACUUUAAAGGAAGGGUCAUAGAUUUUGGUGGAGGUUGUCUGAAGCUAGAUGGUUCAAAACUCAACUACUAAGUGAAUACAGUCCCUUCCUACUGUUCUCUUCUAAGCGCCACCCCUUAAAACAGAUGCAUGUGCACUGCUUAGAACUGUUGAAGGCUGGUCUUCACUGCAGUGUAAUCAUUUGAUUUGUGACAAAUGAUUACACCAAAAUUUGCUAGCCAACAUCAGCUAACACAGAAGCUCGCAAAUAUUUGCCUUGUUUCUAAAGGUCUACAGGGUCUCAUUAUCCUACAGCUCUGCCCCAUGUGGCACAUUUUACCAGGCAGUACCCAUGGCCUUCUCCAAAAACAAAAAAGAUGUUGUGACAAUGAAUUUGUAAAACAUAUUUCUGCAAAUGUAUAUGUUCUGAACUCUGGCUACUCUUUUCUUCAAAUUGUUGACAGUUACUUUAUGAAUUUAUAACAUUAAAACCACUUCCUUGUUUCUA